GUCUUUGAUGUCUCUUUACAUUAUGGCAGAGCAGCCACGCGCUCUUCCCAAGAGCGGGGCUUUGUGUAGCAGAACUGACAUUUGGCCUUGAUACCUGCAUCUCUUGGUGAUUGCAACAAAUUUCUAAAAUAAAUGUUGUACUUUGAUCUCCUAGCAUUGCAUUUUUAAUAGAUGCUCCAAACAUUACUUCAUUAGGAAGAAGGUUUUUCGGUGGGUUUUUGUUUUGGUUUGGUUUUCUUUUCUUUCCUUUCUAUUUUUUUUUUUUCUUUCUGGAGCUAAGGGUAAAGGUAGAGAGGCUAAAGAGAAGUUCCCGAAGGCCUCCAAACUUAUGCCAGGGUCUGGGACAGCUGGAAUUCCGGUGAGUUUUCACAGAUGUUGAAGAGCAACAGACGGGUUGCUGUGUGCCUAGCAUUGCCCCGCAGACUUUGUACACAUUAACUCUCGUGAGCCAUAGCCACUCUAGAAAGAGAGCACAUUUCACAGAUGGAAGAGGCGGACACAUAACUUGUUCUUCACAAGCUACAGUGGCAAGAGAAGCCGCUGUGUGACUUAUGGCUUGUUGAAGGACGGCAAGAAAGGCUUCCUGGGCACUGGUGGCUCAUGCCUGUAUUCCUACUUAUUCAGGAGGCUGAGAUUUAAGGAUCGCGGUUGUAAGACAGCCCGUGCAGAAAAGUACGUGAGACUUUUUAUCACCAAUUACCGUCCAGAAAAGCUGGAAGAGGAGCCGUGGCUCCAGUGCUCAGCUUUGGGAGAAAACGCGGUGUGGGUGUGCUCGCACGUUUACUUUUUCAAAAGUUGUGAUCUGAGGAAAACUUCCGAAGUCACGACAAACUGGUGCUGUGGGUCCCACGCCCCGCCCCGCCCCGCCCCGCUUCGCCCCGGGAGCUCGAUGUGGUCUGAAGUCUUGGCGGACCAACAAACACACCAUAGGAGCUGUGUGGAUUCAAAGGAUUUGCUUUCGCUUCUGAAAGAGCCGCUAUUCUUUGAUGAUUGGGCAGCGGCAAACUUCAAAGCCAUAAAUCUUCGCUCUGACUGGCUGGCGGCCCAGCAAAGUCCUUAUCAAAUUCUUGGAGGUGAUCCUGAAGCGCUCAGACCUCGCGCGGGGCGAGCGAGCGGGGCGCGGGAGGGGAGGCCGCGGAGGCACGCUGGGCGGCCGUUCGUCCUCGCCUUCGGGUGUCCAUGCCUCGGUGGCGGCGUCCCGCUCCGCAGCCAGCGGCUCCCAAGCUGUAGCCAUGGCCGCGGUGGCCGUCCUCCGGAACGACUCUCUGCAGGCCUUCCUCCAGGACCGCACCCCCAGCGCCUCCCCGGACCUGGGCAAGCACUCGCCUCUGGCGCUGCUGGCCGCCACCUGUAGCCGGAUCGGCCAGCCGGGCACGGCGGCGGCCCCGGACUUCCUGCAGGUGCCCUACGAUCCAGCGCUGGGCUCGCCCUCCAGGCUCUUCCACCCGUGGACAAGCGACAUGCCGGCGCAUUCGCCAGGCGCGCUGGCGCCCCCGCACCCCAGCCUAGGGUUGACGCCGCAGAAACCGCACCUGCAGCCGUCCUUCGGGGCUGCGCACGAGUUGCCGCUCACGCCCCCGGCUGACCCCUCCUAUCCCUACGAGUUCUCGCCGGUCAAGAUGCUGCCCUCGAGCAUGGCCGCGCUGCCGGCCAGCUGCGCGCCUGCCUACGUGCCCUACGCCGCGCAGGCCGCGCUGCCCCCGGGCUACUCCAACCUGCUGCCCCCGCCGCCUCCACCGCCGCCGCCACCCACCUGCCGUCAGCUGUCCCCCAACCCAGCCCCCGACGAUCUCCCGUGGUGGAGCAUCCCGCAGUCCGGCUCCGGACCCGGGGCCUCCGGGGUUCCCGGGGGCAGCCUCUCCAGCGCCUGUGCCGCUGGUCCGCACACCCCACGCUUCCCAGCCUCAGCGGCCGCUGCUGCAGCAGCCGCUGCCGCCCUGCAAAGGGGCCUUGUGUUGGGCCCGUCGGACUUCGCGCAGUACCAGAGCCAGAUCGCUGCGCUGCUGCAGACCAAGGCCCCCCUGGCGGCCACGGCCAGGAGGUGCCGCCGCUGCCGCUGCCCCAACUGCCAGGCAGCCGGCGGCGCCCCCGAGGCGGAGCCGGGCAAAAAGAAGCAACACGUGUGCCACGUGCCGGGCUGUGGCAAGGUGUACGGCAAGACGUCGCACCUGAAGGCGCACCUGCGCUGGCACACGGGCGAGCGGCCCUUCGUGUGCAACUGGCUCUUCUGCGGGAAGAGCUUCACGCGCUCCGACGAGCUGCAGCGGCACCUGCGGACUCACACGGGCGAGAAGCGCUUCGCCUGUCCCGAGUGUGGCAAGCGCUUCAUGCGUAGCGACCACCUGGCUAAGCACGUCAAGACUCACCAAAAUAAGAAGCUCAAAGUUGCCGAGGCCGGCGUCAAGCGGGAGAACCCGAGGGAUCUGUGAGCCACGCCACUCCCGGACAGUGCGAUCACUCUAGCCUAGGGUUCCCCACCUCCCAUUUCUCAGUACCUGUGCGGUUUGAGGCCACCCCAGCCUGCCACCACGUCUAAGCAUCUGGCGUGAGACAACAGAAGGACCUUUUUCCUUUGUCCGCUUCCCAGUGUGGAGACUGCCCUAGAACAAAGUAGGCUGGAGAGACCCGGUUGGGAACUAGCGCAGGUGGGGUCAUGGUUAAGAGCCCUGGAUUGUGUCAGUUCCAGUCCAAAAGGCGGCACCAUUGCCACCGCCCGGGAGACCUACAGUUUGGGACUAGCAACCUGGGUCCUGUAGAUAGGACGCGCAGCUGAAUAAAAGCAGAAAGACCUGGAGGGAUUGUAACUUUUCACCAGGACCUCUCCAGGCUUUGUACAGGUUAUUUAAUAAUAGCUUUGUUAAAGAGUAAUUAUAAUUACGACAUUAAUGUUUGUUUUUGUCCUCAGCUCCACUCAGAGCUACAGCAUGAUAUGUUCUCUGUAAAGCGAUCAGCGAUUGCAGCGUCAAAAUAAAUUCGUUAACUUCAGGGUCACUUUGGAAA